AAAGAACAAGAAUAUGACUAUACUCUUGUUGAAACUAGCACUGAAGGAGCUGAAAUUGAUUGAUUGAUUGCAUUUAUAAACUCUAAGCCGGAAGUUUCACAAAUUGGAGAUAUUUCUGGAAAACACAAAGGAAAAAAAGGAUGUCAAGAAAUGUGAGAGGACUGUAAAGUCUGCAAAAGAAGGUGGUAUUUUUUAUGCUUUAUCUGAAUUACAGUGACCCUGCUAACUGGCCUAACAGCUGCAGUGAUAAUUUGCAGAGGCUUAUAAAACAUGGACCACAGCAGGUUGUAUCACAAGCUUUUCUCAAAAGUUCAAACUUAUAAAAAUUUACAAAUGCUCAACUAUGUUGCAACGAGGUUGCAAAAGAAACUUAGUUGGCUUGGUAGCUAUAUCAAUUGAACAUGUCGAAGCACCAACACUUUGACCUGAAAGUGACAGCAUUUGCAAAGGAAAAGGCAUGCAAAGCGAGAUUUUGAUGUGCCUGAAAUUGAGAACAGCCUGGGGUGAAGAUGAAACUCACUCUUUACUCUGGCCUUGUGACACCCGAUUUGUCUGAUUCGGGGGUUUUUAAGCACACCACAAUAUCACACAGGGUAGGACUCCAUACUAGCAUCAGCUCCAGCCAGCAAGGGCCGUGGUCAGAGAUUAUGAGAUUUGCAGUCUAGCAACAUCUGGAGGGCCACAGGUUCCCUAUUCCUGAUGUAAGAAGACAUUGCAGGAUCAGACCAAAGGGCCAUCUCAUCCAGGAUCCUGGCAGCCAACCUAUGGCAGCCUAUGGGAAACCCUCAAGAUGUGGGCUUAAUGUGUAAUGUAAAAUAUUUUCCAAGUCCGUUUUAAUGCUCUGUGGAUGACUGCAUACAAGACUUUACAUCUGUAUGUGCAUAUGUCCUGGAAGGCAACACUUUGUGCUUUGUAAUUUAUUUAUUUUUUAAAGUUCAGUGAUGGUUUAUAAUAAAAAGGAGGAGGGACUGAGUGACUGAGUUUCCACUUGUGACUCCUAAACACAGGUAUUUGGAGGCCUAUAGGCCUAUACAGUGGUACCUCAGGUUAAGUACUUAAUUCGUUCCAGAGGUCCGUACUUAACCUGAAACUGUUCUUAACCUGAAGCACCACUUUAGCUAAUGGGGCCUCCUGCUGCUGCCGCACCGCCGGAGCACGAUUUCUGUUCUCAUCCUGAAGCAAAGUACAUAGCCCGAGGUAAUAUUUCUAGGUUAGCGGAGUCUGUAACCUGAAGCGUAUGUAACCUGAAGCAUAUGUAACCUGAGGUACCACUGUACUUCAGAAACCAUUUGAAAGUUCCUAAAGAAUCUGUUUAGAUAUCAGUAUUAUGUGCACCAAAGUAACUUGUAUCAAAUAACAGUUACCUGGUUUCUGUUUUUAAGCAAAUAAUUUUCACUGUAUUUUUUAAACUACAAUUGUUGUAAACUGUUCCAAUUUAAAAAAACAAACAAAUUAGUGGUAUAUAAAUAUUUCUUAGAAAACAAAUAAGUAAAUACUGUAGCGAGUUUGAAACUGUGGCAUGGAGCAGCUGCAACUUUCAAAGGCUGUUGAAGGCACUUUAUUAGGUACUUGCUUGUGUUUGUGCAGAAAUAAGUGUCAACCCCGUUUCCUUUUCAAAAAUGUGUAGAUAUGCAUGCUGGAUGUGCACUGGAAAUCCAAAACGUACUUCCUUAGAAACAGCUGAGUGUUUAUGGAACAAGCUGGCGCUCUUUGAUUGGGCUCGGGGAUGGGAGGGAAGCACGAUGCAGUUCACAUUUAAGGAUGAACCUGCCCUAUUUUCACUUUCCAAAACAAUGUGCAAACAAGAUGCAGCCAUCCUGGGAAAUUUAAACUUCUCUGAGCUUUGCUGUGCAGUUCUCUAGCCAAACCAUAUGUAUAAAAAUGCACACCAGGGUAAAAUAUGCACAUAUGCCUAUAUUAGUAAGAAUAACAUACAAAAUGCAUUAUAUUAGGGCAAACCACUUUGAAGCAGCAGCAGUGAUGAUGAUGAUGAUGAUGAGGUACCCCACCCAUCUGACUGGGUUGUCCCACCCACUCUGGGAGGCUAUUUGUAUCUACCGUAUUUUUCGUCUCAUAGGACGCUCUGUCCCAUAGGAUGCACCUAGUUUUUUGGGGGGGAAAUAAAUGAUUUUUUCCCCUUUAUUUCCCCCCCAAAACCAGGUCGGGGAAACCGAACCAGGUCGAGGAACAGCGGGAUGGCGGUACUGCGCCUCCCUGCUGUCCCCCGAGCUUGUGGGGCUGGCUGAUGUCUGCCCGGCGUGCGGUGCCCUGCGUGCCGGGCGGCAGGCUGCUAUCCGCACCGUGGGGAGCCCUGCGGGGAACUCCUGCAGGCAGCGGCGUAGCGUGGGUUGUCAGCACCCGGGGCAAGGCAAGUAAUUUGCGCCCCCUAACCCCUAACCUGCCGCCGCUGCCAGCUGCUUCUUGCUGCUGCCUGGGCUGGGGUAUUUACAGUAAGGUAGCCACGGUGGCGGCGGCGGGUCCGUGUCAGGUGAUCUGAGGCGAAUUGCCGCUGGCGCUGCUGCCCAAACGACGCCGCUUGCCCGGAGGAGGAGGAGGGCAGAGAGGCGAGGAAAAUGCAACAUGGCCCAGCUGCUGCAGCUGCAGCGGCGGGGCUGCCUGGCACACCCUCUGCGGCUCUGACGCGCGGGGACCGCAGCGAGCGCUGAGAGCUGCUGCCAGCUCAUCGGUUCCGCGAGACAUGGGGCUCUGCUACAGCCUGCGCCCGAGGCUCUUCGGCGACUGCGGAGGCGGCGAGUGCCCCCCCAGAUGUUGCGCCCGGUGCGGCCGGCCCCCCCUGCACCCCCAUGCUACGCCACUGCCUGCAGGGCUCCCCACGCUGCGGAUGUCUGCCUGGCGUGCGGGGUGCUCUGCUUCAGGGAGCCCUUCGCGCCGGGCGGCAGGCUGCGGAUGUGUUCCCGAAGGGCCGGGCGCUCUGCUUUCAGCGCGCCUGGCGCUCCAGGAAGCAGGCUGCUAUCCGCAGCCUAGACAGCCCUGCGGGAACUCCCGCAGGGCUGCCUAGGCUGCGGAUGUCUUCCUGAAGCCUGGAGAGCAAGAGGGGUCGGUGCGCACCGACCCCUCUCGCUCUCCAAGCUUCAGCGAAAGCCUGCAUCCGCUCCAUAGGACGCACCCAGAUUUCCCCUUCAUUUUUGGAGGGGAAAAAGUGCGUCCUAUAGGGCAAAAAAUACGGUAUAUUUGGGGAAAGUGCAUAGAAAAAUGGGUAUAUUAGGAGAGGUGCAUACCAAAAUGCUGAUGAACAUCUGUGAGGACUUUAAUUCUCUCUGCCCCACCUUGCAAAAUGGUAUGCUAACAUAGGGAACUGAAUUUAAGAUGAUAAAAAUUAGAAACGGAGAAAUUGAAAUUGAGACAUUGCCCAUCCCUAGUUGAAGAGUUUAGAUUGUGCUUAACACUGAAUUCAGCAGGACUAGAAAGUGCUUAACUUGGGAUAUGUAUCCAAUUCCUUUUUUUAUUAUUAGAACUAUGCAUUGGUUUGUGAAAUUUGUAUGUAUCUAUAGUGAAUGAGAAAUAUUGGUCGCUGUGUGAACUGAUACUGUGUACGGCCAGAAGAGGGCAGGCGUAUCCUUUGGAAUUGUUCUUCACAGUUGCAGCAGCAAAUAAGUUAAUGCAGUUUAGCUACAUCUCCGUACAGAAGAAUGUGCCAAGUAACAUACAGUGGUACCUCGGGUUACAUAUGCUUCAGGUUACAAACUCCGCUAACCUAGAAAUAUUACCUCGGGUUAAGAACUUUGCUUCAGGAUGAGAAUAGAAAUUGUGCAGCGGCGGUGCAGCGGCAGCAGGAGACCCCAUUAGCUAAAGUGGUGCUUCAGGUUAAGAACAGUUUCAGGUUAAGAACGGACCUCCGGAACAAAUUAAGUAUGUAACCAGAGGUACCACUGUAUAUUUAUUCUCUCUCGCUCUCUCUGUUGUGUUUUCUAUUCUUUAGAGAUCUCUCAGAAGCGUAUUGAUUGCAGAAGCGUAUUGAUGGUUUUAGAAGCGUAUUGAUUGUAGAAGUUAGGCACUGUGACACUUGCACACACUUUUCUUAUACUGUCUCUUUAAUCACAUGCAACAAAUUCCCGGUUUGCAGAAUCGGGGAAUAGAAACACCGCUUGUGUAUUCUGGGGAAUAGUCCAGACAACUAGGGAAGUGUAGAAUAUGAAACCCAGACUUGCACUGAGGAAGCCAGGGCACUUAAAUAUUUUUUUGUAGACACAGUGGCCUAAAAUAUCAAGCAUGAUAUAAAAGAAGAACUGAACCUGGUCCUUGGUUCUGACCCAAGUAUUAAAUGUAUAUGCAUGUGUGGCUUGGGAGUUGCACAGUCAGGGGAAAAACAAUGUUGUCCAGGGUUGUAAAGACUGCGGAGAGAAUAAUUGGGUUCCCCAUUACCGCCUUGGAUCAAAUCUAUGCUGCCAGGUAUCAUAAGAAAGCUGUAGAGAUAGUGCAGAAUAGUGCGCAUCCCGGAAAUUAUCUCUUUCAGCUUCUGCCUUCUGGAAGAAGGUACAGGGUUAUAAAGACUAGGACUAGCCGCCUGAGAAACAGGUUUUAUCCAAAUGCGAUUUUGGUUUUAAACGCAGUGUAAGGUAGUCUCUGUGGGAGUUUAUUGUAUUUAAUUAUGGUGUAUCAGAGUUUUUAGGGGGUUAACCAGGCUGGGAUAGCUGGGAUAGCAGGCUUGUUGGUUUUUGAAUGUCUGGUGUAGAUUUUUUCAAUUUCGUUGUUCUGUAUGGGACAAUAACAAUAAGGUUUAUAGUAUUGUAUCGUAUAUAAAAGCAUUGUGAUACUAGCAGUUUUAUUUUUCAAGGCCCGUUGGGCAGACCAACCGUGUGUUGCAAAGAUGUCUGCAAGCGUGACAUGAAGGCCGGCAACAUCAGCCCCACCAUGUAAGAACCCCAUGCAGACAACCGCAGUGCCUGGAGACAGUCAGGUCGUGUAUACAUGGCAGUGACCAGAAGUGGAUCAACUACUGGGGGAGCGCAAAUAAAUGCCAUAGGGCAUCCAAAGCACCACAACCAGGUGCCUUCAUUUGCCCCAGCUGCAACAAAACAUGUCUUUCCCAUAUGUCCAUCUCUACAGCAGCAGCGGGCGCUGCAACCGUCCAACAGUUUGUCUUCACCACCAGAGGCACUCCCUCCAUUGUCGCCUGAGACAGACGGAUACCAACAACAUAUCUUAAAGGCAGCCAGCAGAGGUUCCAUGUUUUCACAGGUCCAGACAAGAAUCUCAGUACCUGCAGACGCACAGCCUGGUUGGGCUGGGUUGACUCGACCAGGCUGGGGCUUGGGAUGACUUAAUCCUUGGCACUACGGUUGCUGCUCCUCUGUGUUGCUGCCCGCUGGACCUCACCAGCCCCAACCCCUGGAGUCUAUGACCUGAAAUGGUGUAGUGAUGAAUAGACGGCAGAAGAGCAAGAAGGCCACACAGAAAGACUGGGCCAAGUCAAGUCAGUUUAUUGUGUGUUAGCAGACAGCCGUUCUACACAUGAAAACAAUAACAAAAGUAUUAUUAUUAUUAUUAUUAUUAUUAUUAUUAUUAUUAAGAUUUACAUUUCUGCUUCUUAAUUUUUAAAUUUAAUAGCACAGAUUUUUUUGAAGCAGGAAAUUUGAAAUUUAAUAGCACAGAUUUUUUUGAAGCAGGAAACUUAGAUAUUCUGAAGUAUAUACUACAUCAGACAGCAGAAAACAGCUCUUUGCUUGGGAUCAGCUCCCCUUCUGUGAUCUUAACAAUGGGUAAAUAUACCUGCAAUUGUUUCUAAGAUCAUUAUAAAAAGGGCAUUCAUGAAUUAUAUCUUCUAUUGACUAAACCACAAGCUCUGUCCUUCUUAGGAAUUCCUUUGUUUCAGCCCAUCCAAUCUGCUCGUGGAAGGACAUUUAAUCUUGCCGAUGUGAAGGCUACCCUCAUUUUGACGUUUGGUAGGUGGGGGCAUUGCAGCAGGGUUUUGUUUUUUUUUAACUGACUUAGCUGAGUUUGCUUAGCACCACCACCACCAGCAGCUGUUUACUGCUCUGGCUGAACCUUUGCUUCUUUUUCCCCGUUUUUAAAAAAGUGCUUUGUACAUGGUGCAAAGGUAAUAGUCCAAUGCUAUGUCUGGCAUGGCAGUCAGUUGUAGGGGUGCAACCUGGCAGUGCACUGAAUGCUAGUGCCUGGGCUGUCAGCCUGGGCAGACGUCUGACCUUACUGACACAUCCUUAUCCCACCAGUUGUCCACAGGUAAGAACAGGGGGAAACCCUCGCAGUUUCCCCAUUCCACUGAAGGAUCACCACAAGGCUGUGAUUUUGAAACAGCAUGAUUUACUGAAUUCUUCAUUCUCUUAUUUAUACAAACCCUGCUUUUUUAAGAUUAGCUUUAAGAUUAAUGUUAAUCCUAAAAUUAACUUUGAGAUUAACAUUAACCUUGUUUGACAAAAACUUUCAAAAUAGCCUCUGGAAGCCAACAAUUAAUUGGCUGUCCAAACGUAAUUUGCGUAGCUGUUUCACAAUAGCUUAGGAAAGCACGCAACUGCUCUGAUUUAUGAGCUAACCUUUUCAUGAAGGUUAACUGGGACCCUGUAAAGAUGUUAGAUGUAUCAUUUUUUAAAAGUGUACUUAAAUAUUUUUUGGGAGGAGGAAAGGGGGAUGUAAGCAGAACCGACCCAAGUGGUUGCUUAAACUGUAAGAAGAUCUUAUCUCAAGUGGCUUGUUGUCUUUUGAUAGCCAAGACAGUGUCACAGUUAUUUACGUCACCCCUGCAUUCUUCUCCCCUCCCUAGCCCCUGAACUCCACAGUUUAUAUAUUAGAAAGGCUCGGUCAACAAGAGACACAGUUUAUUCUAAACGGUAUGUAGUGAGAGAACUGUGGCUCCCUUUUGCCAUCUUAAAUGUUUUAGCUCUGCCCUUCAUUAGGUUUACUAGCAUUUUCUGACUUUUGCAGGUGCUGCUGUUUUUGCAGUUGAAUCAUUUCGAAGCAUCGGAUCUUCAGAGGUAAGCUUCUCGGAACUGUCCUGGGUGUGUAUAAGUGUGUAUACGGUUAGAUCGAAGAUGUUUUUAAUACUAGAUUUAUCGUUCACACACAAUGUGUACAGCACAUGGAUUCUGCUGAUAUAGGUGUAGAAGAUGUCCUCUCUCUACACAGAGGGGGGCAGAUUGACAGAAAACCAAUGGUCGCUGCCUACUUCAGAAGAGAGACCUAUGAUAUAUAAUGUGGAAAAUGUAUAUGGAUGGAGAAAACUUGAGUUGCAGCGGUAGCCAUGUUUCAUACAAGGGCCAAACAAUAUGGUACGUUUAGCUCCAUAUCUGUGCCUUUAAAUGCAGGGCUGGUUUGUUUGUUUUACACAGAUUGUAAGCAUAGGGACCCUGAUGCAGAUAGGGACCCUAGCAUGGUGUUAGGGUGACUUUAACUCACCUGCUGCAGUCCUGGUUCAGACCACCCAACUGACCCCUCAGUGCCUACAAUCUGCAUUGAGGAAAACCCCCUCUAAUUUUCACUUCGAUGAGAACUUAUUUUUCCCUAUUGCUGAUCUGGUUUGCUGCUGUGUAGGGGGAAGGGUAGAAACCUAAAGGCAUAGAUACGCAGCUAAUGUAACAUGUUAUUUGACAGGAAGUGCUUUGUUUAUUUUUGUUAUUGCAGAAGGGGACCAAAUUGGAGGUACUGUUAAUUUCUUUGUUCUUGCAAACUUUAAUAAGUGGCCAACAUUGCAAUACUUCUUAUCUGCUGAGUGUUGAUUUCUGUCUAGGACGGUGCUCCUAAAAGGUAAAGGUAAAGGGACCCCUGACCAUUAGGUCCAGUCGUGACCGACUCUGGGGUUGCGGUGCUCAUCUCGCUUUAUUGGCCGAGGCAGCCAGCGUACAGCUUCUGGGUCAUGUGGCCAGCAUGACGAAGCCGCUUCUGGCGAACCAGAGCAGUGCACGGAAACACCGUUUAUCUUCCCGCCGGAGCGGUACCUAUUUAUCUACUUGCACUUUGACGUGCUUUCGAACUGCUAGGUUGGCAGGAGCAGGGACCGAGCAACAGGAGCUCACCCCAUCGCAGGGAUUUGAACCGCCGACCUUCUGAUCGGCAAGUCCUAGGCUCUGUGGUUUAACCCACAGAGCCACCUGCGUCCCAGGACGGUGCUCCUAAGAGCAGUUAAUUCACUUCUUUCUUUGAAAACACUGUCGACUUACCUGAAGUGCAAUGACCCGAUGAAAGACGCCAAGCUGAUCGUUUUAGAAGCCUUGAGUACGCAUAACAUUGACGCAUGUGAAGUUAGCUCAAACUCAUCAAAUUUGGGUGUGCUAAUUAAGAUCCAUUCCCAACAGGCAAACAGACGAUGUCGUGGGCUUCCAUUCUCAUCUGCUUGGUUUAUGGCUCUGCAUUAGCUCAUGGACUUAUUGGGGAUAGAUCGGUUGAUUAUGAAGCCACUUUAAAUGCGGUAAGUAAUGUAAAGCAGGGAAUGUUCCUCAAGACACAGAAUGAGAGAAGCCCAUUAGGGGAUCAGUUAAAUGGGUUCAGCCCACAAAAUGUGUGACCUGUUCUCUGCCAAACAUCAUUCCACGCUGACUGAGCUCAGAUCUACUCCAGGGGACACACGAGUUGGAAAGCUUCUAGGGGCCACAAUGAUUAUUAUCAUUGGAAAAAGAGAAGCAUCCCUAAAAAGAAACUUUAUGAGGGAUGGGUGAGGGCCAGAUUAUUACUACCAUUGUUCUGUACAAAGAGGGUGAGGCAGAUUCUUUUCUUCCCCCUUCCCCAUACAUGGUAUGCUCCUUUCCUGCCUCCCACAACAUUGUCAAAGAUGUGAGAGGAAGUGAAAAAAAAGGGAAUGCAUGAGCAAGGCGUGCUCUCAUUCACAUGGCUGUGUCUGGAUUUUACUCCUCCUCCAGACCCUAUGAGCUGUGACAGAAUACUUACAAUACUUACUUGUAGCAGAGCCUUUUAAAGCUUCUCAAACUGAUUUUAAAUAUUGUGUGUGUCCCUGUAGAAAUCACUCAUCGAGUACUGGGAAUACCCUGCUGAAGAACAUGAUGUCACGACAGACGAUGGCUAUAUACUUACCAUCUUCAGAAUUCCACAUGGCAGAGCUGACAGGCCGGACCCAGGCGCGAGUUUGUACUAUAAAUUCUUAUUUGCUUGAUUUCCAUUAAGACUUAACAAUGCUUAAGAAUUAAUAUGCUUUUAAAGGGGGAAUCAUUUCCCCCCUCUCUUCAAUCUGUGUAUAAAUAUCUAGUUUGCCUCCUGAAUUUUAAAAUUGCUCAACUUUCCUCUGCUCCCCACUCCCACUCAUCUGACCCUUCUCUGUGCAUGUCUGGGGCACUGAAAGUGGGGUUAAAAAUUAGAGUGGCAUCACUGCUACUGGGGACAGGUUAGCUCAGAUAGAGCAUGUCAAAAUAUUUGCAGCCAGUAGUUACAAUAGACAUACAGACUUUUCCAGAUAUGUAUAUAGCAAUAGAUCCAUUAUCUAAUAUAGCAGCAAGUGAUAUAUUACAGGACAAAAGUUACCACUGAGUGGUGAUGUAAAAAAUCAUCAAUUUCAAUUAUGACCUGCAUUCAUUGCAUUCAGCACUGUUUCCAUUCUGCAGUUCAGCUUCUGACAAAACUAAGUUAUUCCUUUCACUGUCCUCUGGCAUACAUACAUAAUUACAUACAUAAUUAUGUAAAUUAUGUAAUUUACAUAAUUACAGAGGUAAUCAUUUUAUUGUUACAUUAUUCCACACCAUUUAUUUAAAUGCAGAGGAAAUGCAAGUCGUGUGUGUGUGUGUGUGUGUGUGUGUAGUAAUCAAUUACAUAUCAUUUGUGGACUGAGAACAACAGCAAAUGCCAAUUGUAUUUGCUGGAUUGAUUUCUGCUCUGGACAUGGGACUAAGAAGUGAAUAUCAACAAUUUCUGCUUCUGUUUCCUAUGGAAUCCUCCGACAUCAUUGCCUUUGAGCUUGCCAAAGUUCAAAGAUAAUGAUAGGAGGCCAGAAAGGGGGUGGGAGAGGAGAGUGCAGGAAGCCGGGGGCUCCGAGCAUGCACGGACUGGCUCCUUGAGAGGUCCCUGCCUGACAUGACACCAUGUCCUAGGAGAAGCCCAAGGAAGGAGUAAAAAACGGAGAAUGACCAUAUCAAUUUAAAAGUAAAACAAAAUGCAACACACCACUAAGUAAACUAAUGAAGGCCUAUUGUGAGAGGCAGGGUUUGUCAAUGAGACAGUUUAGAUUCAGACUUGAUGGACGACCAAUUAAUGAAACAGAUACACCUGCACAGUUGGAAAUGGAAGAUGAGGAGACUAUUGAUGCGUUUCAACAGUAGAUGGGUGGCAUGUGCUAAAUAUCCUGUCCUUUUAGGAAGAGGAAUGUAAAAUUUCAACUCACUUUAUCAUCUGUCCUUGGAUGUGCUAUUAAACAAAUGAACAUGCCAAUCAUACAAGAAUCUUCUCAUGUUCUGAAGACAUUUAUCCAAAUUAUUUCCCUGUCCCUGAUAUACUGUGUGUGCAAGUUGAAGCUGCACCUGUGGAAAAUUACUGCGUCAUAAAAAUGGGCCCAGUCAAAGCAUCCCCCAGAUUGUUCAGCGUCCCUCUUUUUUCUUUUCUUUCAGGGCCAAGGCCAGUAGUAUUUCUGCAGCAUGGCUUGCUUGUAGAUGCUGCAAACUGGUUCCAAAACCUUCCUCAUAACAGCCUGGCAUUCAUGCUAGCUGAUGCUGGCUAUGAUGUUUGGCUAGGAAACAGCCGAGGGAACAGCUGGUCCAGAAGACAUCACUUUCUUUCACCCAGAUCAGUGGAGUUCUGGGAAUUCAGGUAACCUGAUUGUUGCACAGCAAAAGUGUGCAGCAUUCCUGUCCCAGCUAUAAAGCUCUCAUUACAGACAGCCCCACAUUGGAGAAUGCAUUGAUCACAUCAGCGUCUAUUGUGCUGAAAAGAUCAUAAUGUUAGGCCCUCUUCUCUCAGUAACCUCAGAGUAUCUGCAGUUACUGAGCACAGUGCAAAUGGGAAGAUAAUAGUCCUGACAUAACAUUCUGGAAUUCAAAGAGUCUGGAAAGUCCUUUGUUAUCCCCAUGAAGCCAGCUUAAUGUGGAUAAUAUUUCCCCCCCCAGCUUUGAUCAGAUGGCAAAAUAUGACCUUCCGGCAUCUAUAGAUUAUGUUCUGCAGAAAACUGGACAGAAACAACUAUUUUAUAUUGGCCAUUCACAAGGAACCACCAUGGGUAAGUUCAAAAGCUUGCAACUUGACCAGCAGGUACACGUAAAACUUAUUUCCAAAUAGGCAAUGAAGUGAAAUAUGAAGUUGUAGAUGACGAUUUUGCUAAACUUGUUUGCUUGUAGUUGUGUGAUGCGUGGGGUGUGGGGUCCUGGCUUUGCCUUGUCCCUAGAAGCUAAAAUGUCAAAAAACCAGUUCUUCAAGUUUACCAUUAAACUCCCCCCCCCCAGUUCCUUUCUUUGAUGACAAAACCUGUUCCUCUCUCCUCUUUCUUCCCCUCAGCUUUUAUAGCUUUUUCUACCAAUCCUCGACUGGCUGCAAAAAUCAAGCUGUACAUUGCCUUGGCUCCCGUUGCCACAGUUAAAUACGCUAAAACUCCUCUGGCAAAGCUCUCUCUGCUUCAUGAAGUGCAAAUCAAGGUAUGCCGUUCUUCUGAGUCUUCACUAUACAGAUCCAGAGCAGAAUACCCUGUAGUGGUAAACAAUUUAGUGCUGCUGCGGCCUAAGAACCACAAGAGCAACUCCUUACCCUUUAGCACUGUGUGAUGCCUGACAGGUUGGGCAUCAACACCUGACGUGGGUUGGGCAAGCAUUGGAGCUGACGUCAGCCUCUUUUUUUCUCUGUGGCCUGGCGCUGUGAAGUGAAGCAUGGCGGCAGUCGUAGUAUCGGGUGGCUAGGUCUGCAGUGCCUUCACCGCAGCUGCCCAUUUCCUCUGCUGCCUGCCACUGCCAACACCCAUCUCUUGGUAAGCUUCAGGUGAAACAACCGGGAGGCUGUGAAAAGGCACCACCAGAGGGCACUUUGGCCAGGCCCUUAUUAAACCUUGCAGUGGCCCCGUGAAAAAAGUGCAUCAGUGGACAACUUUGCCUUGUAAACUAGGCAGACCGUUGGUUUAACUCAGCACUGGCUAUAUGUUUUUGACUUGAGGACCACAUUCACUCAUGGCUAAGCCUCUGGGGGGCCCCAUGCCAACAGCAGUUGUGGACAGCAGUGGGUGUGGCCACCUCGCACUCUUGCUCACACACUUAUCCCAUGCACACACAGGAUACACAGUGCAGGUCAGCUGAUCUGUGCAGGUCAGCCGAGAAGGAGGAGGAUUGUUUCCUCAUACUCCAUCAAAUCUGCUGACCAGGGAGGGGAUGAUUUGCAUCUCCACUGAGGUGCAUUCUGUCUGCUUUAAGUCCUGCCCCCACCUCACUUUGUUCCUGCCACUCUUGGUCUUUAACUUUUCAGGACUUUAGGAUUGUCCUUCAUAUAUGAUGUACAAUUACUUUAGAUUUUACCGCAUUUCACUGAACGUUGUUGUUUUAAUAUUGUACAAAUGUUUGUAUUUUCAUUUGCACUGGGAUCCAUGUGCAGAUGCCUUUCCAAAAUUUUAAUCAAUGAAUAGAUAAUAUAGUCUAUUAGAAGGGCUCUCUUAAGGCCCACAUUUCAUCGCAUUCCAAUAGUACUUAAACUAGAGACAUUUGCCAUGCAGAGCAGUGUCUGUGCCUGGCCUAUCUUAAGUGCUUAUAAUUUGGGACUUUUUAGAUCAUAUUAUCACUCUACGGAACUGGAAUAACGAGGAUACCGUAUCCUUAACACAGGUGUCACUUUGAAAUUUUGCAGGCCAUGUUUGGAAUGAAAGAAUUUUUACCAAAAACUUUUUUUGGUUCUUUGGUUGCUGCUGAAUUUUGCAGCCGAAACUUAUUGGCCCCCAUUUGUGGCAACCUCCUGUUCAUGUUGUGUGGAUUUAAUGAGAAGAACCUAAACCUGGUGAGUAGAAUUUUUAAAUAUAUGCUCUUCUGCAUUCUCAAGACUAUCUGUUCCAUCCACCUACUCCUCCUGAAUCGCAUGUAUUAUGAAAAGCAAUGGCCACACUCAAGUAUAGACCACUUAAAGACCAAGGAAGGAGCCUGAACAUGAAACUGAGUAGAUGGUGCCUGGCUUGGAUAAACAGAGACACAUUAUCUGUCUGGUUCUGUCUAAACCAAGGACCUCCGGUCAUCCAGAUAUUGGACUACAAUUCCCUUUGAACAUGCUGUCUGGGGCUGAUGGGAGUCCAGCAAUGUCCACUAGGUUCCCCAUCACUGGUCUAAGCAGUCGAGGCAAGAAGGGAACAAACUGCAAUCAUACACAAAAUUUCAGCUGUUGUCAGGCCACAGUUCUGUACAUCACUGCAUGCGCGUUUAGCUAAUCCUAUAAAUAUUGUUGUUCUGAGUCACUUAUUUAACUUUUUCGAUGCCUGGGUGGGGUUGUGCAAAAGAAGCUGUUUUAUCUUUCAGAGCCGAAUAGAUGUGUAUGCAGCCCAAGUCCCAUCUGGAACAUCUGUGCAGAAUAUAAUCCAUUGGAAGCAGGUAUGGUCCACCGGAAAUAUUAACCUCCCCCUCUCCCAUUGUUCCUUUUCUUGAUACAUGCAUACAUUUGAGAUUCUCUUCUAUCUGCAGAGCAUCCUUGGUGGUAAACUCCAAGCUUAUGAUUAUGGAUUGUUUGACAACCUAGCUCGUUAUGGCAAGGUAGAGCCUUUUCCAACUUUUUCAGAUUUUGUUCCAAAAUGAAAAUAAAAAUACUGAAAGUUUGCAAAUGCCCUUACUAUCUCCACUGCCCUUAAAGCAUUGAAUGCCAUGCUGUAUUUAUUCUAAAAAGCAACUGACAGGUGACAGUGGGGCAAGGGUGAGAAGGCGAAAGAAAGAAAGUAGAUUGUUCAAGAGAGUAAGCUGGCUUACACUGCCUGAUGAAGUGAUUAAAACAUUGAAGUGAUUAAAAUUAAUAUAAUAAUAAUAAUAAUAAUAAUAAUAAUAAUAUUCUGUACCUUUUACCAAACAACUAAAGUAAAACAAGCUAAUAAAAAAAUGCUACAGGAUCUCAAUCUGUUUUUUGUUAUUUUAACUUUGCAGAAGUAUUAGAUUAUUGUUGUUAACUCUUCUUAUUGAUUUUUUAAAAAAAUCCCCUUUGUAAACCAUAUUUAGGGUUCUUCUUGUUUAACAGUGCAUAACUUUUAUGACAUAUUUCUUUACAUUUCUUCCCCCUCCCCUUACACAUAAAAAAUGGACAAAACUUUGCUAAAAUCUUAUUCUGUUUCAUUUGAGCUCAUUUUCUCUUUCAAUCUUUUUUAAAGGUUCAACCUCCUGAAUACAAUAUAAGGAAUAUGAAUGUAACAACAAUAGUCUGGAGUUCUGGAAAAGAUUGGCUUUCUGGCCCUGAGGAUGUCAAUAUGUUAAUCCCCAAGAUCAAAAACCUUCUUUACCACGAAUAUAUUCCUGAGUGGAAUCAUCUGGAUUUUGUGUUUGGUCUUGAUGCUGCUGAUCGAAUGUAUUAUAAAAUCAUUGAGAAUUUAAAAGAGAACCUCUAAGGAAAUGUUUCUCUUGGAAUAGGAACAAAGUCCCUUUGCUUUCCUGAUUGUCUGAUUUUUUUAAAAUAAAGAAAUAAACUAAUACUUUAUAAAA